UGACUGUGUUGAACGGAUCCAAAGUAUCAGCGCAGAAACAGACACAACCAAAGGUCGCUUCGUCCCUGUGAGAGCCGGCGGGAUCCACGAACCUGGAACUGGGAGUAGAAAUUACCCCGCAAUUCAUUCAGUCUAAUUGUAUUUCUUGUCUUUUCUUUUUCUUUUUUUUUUGCCGGCGGCGGUUCCGACAUAGGACCAGGUGACAUAUAGGACGCGGAGGGGAAAGACUCCCAGAGUAUUAGGACAGCUUUCAGUUUCCCCGCUCACUUGAACAUGGCUUCAACCACCUGCACCAGGUUCACUGAUGAGUACCAACUGUACGAGGAGCUGGGAAAGGGAGCUUUCUCUGUUGUGAAGAGGUGCAUGAAGAUUUCCACGGGACAUGAGUAUGCUGCCAAAAUCAUCAACACCAAGAAGCUGUCUGCCCGGGAUCACCAGAAGCUGGAGCGUGAAGCCAGGAUCUGUCGCCUACUCAAACACGCCAACAUUGUCCGACUCCACGACAGCAUAUCAGAAGAAGGAUUCCACUAUCUGGUCUUUGAUCUAGUCACUGGUGGAGAGCUGUUUGAGGACAUUGUUGCCAGGGAGUACUACAGCGAAGCUGAUGCCAGUCAUUGCAUCCAGCAGAUCCUAGAGGCUGUGCUCCACUGCCACCAGAUGGGUGUGGUUCACCGUGACCUCAAGCCAGAGAACCUGCUGCUAGCCAGCAAGCUGAAGGGAGCAGCGGUUAAGCUGGCUGAUUUUGGCCUGGCUAUAGAAGUGCAGGGAGACCAGCAGGCAUGGUUUGGUUUUGCUGGUACACCAGGGUAUUUGUCUCCAGAGGUCCUGAGGAAAGAUCCAUAUAGCAAGCCUGUGGAUAUGUGGGCCUGUGGAGUGAUCCUCUAUAUUCUGCUGGUAGGGUACCCUCCAUUCUGGGAUGAGGACCAGCAUAGACUGUACCAGCAGAUUAAAGCUGGAGCUUAUGAUUUCCCCUCUCCAGAGUGGGACACAGUGACCGCUGAGGCCAAAGACCUGAUCAAUAAGAUGCUAACCAUCAAUCCAGCUAAGAGAGUAACUGCUGCAGACGCUCUCAAACACCCCUGGAUCUGUCAACGCUCCACUGUGGCCUCCAUGGUGCACAGACAGGAAACAGUGGAGUGCCUCAAGAAAUUCAAUGCCAGAAGGAAACUGAAGGGUGCCAUCCUGACAACUAUGAUUGCCACUCGCAACUUCUCAGCAGCCAAGAGCCUGCCGAACAAAAAAACAGAUGGCGUCAAAAUCAACAACAAGGCUAAUGUGAUCACCAGCACCAAAGAGCCUGUCCCCUCUCCUGCUCUGGAGCCUCAAACCACUGUUAUCCACAAUCCAGCUGAUGGAAACAAGGAGUCCAGCGAGAGUGCCAACACUACCAUAGAGGAUGAGGAUGUAAGAGCCCGUAAGCAGGAGAUCAUCAAAGUGACAGAACAGCUGAUUGAGGCCAUCAACAACGGAGACUUUGAGGCCUACACGAAGAUUUGUGACCCUGGUCUCACAUCAUUUGAACCUGAGGCUUUGGGAAACCUGGUCGAAGGCACAGAGUUUCACCGCUUCUAUUUUGAAAACGCUCUGUCUAAGGGGAAACUGCCCAUCCACACCAUCCUGUUGAACCCCCACGUCCACCUGAUCGGGGACGAGGCGGCCUGCAUCGCCUACAUCCGCCUCACACAGUACAUCGACAGCAACGGCAUGCCGCGUACCAUGCAGUCCGAGGAGACCCGCAUCUGGCACCGCCGUGAUAGCAAGUGGCAGAACAUCCACUUCCACCGCUCCGGCUCACUCACCGUUCCCACCAAUUGAGGUGACACUCUUGGACCACAAACAGCCUCCAGCCAGACAGCUGACCAAACCCCACCCACCAUGUGGACCCAACAUCCCAAAGCCAAUCCCUUUGCUAUAGCUCCACCCUCAGUGUGUUGUUUACAUAUUGUAGCUGCUGCUGCACUCAUGUUGAAAAGUCAACAGAAGUCAAUCGAGGGAUUAAUGAUUUUGUAGUGAGAAUGUGUGCUGUGUGUUUAUUACCUGAGCUUUGGUUUCACCUCUUUUAGAUCUGUAUGUUUUAACAGGGGUGCUUUCAGGUGCUGCCUGGUCAUUUUAUAGGCUGUUAAGAUGUGAAACUUCAUAAAAAAUUUUUAGCAUUCCAUGUAUUCAUAUAUUAUGUAACGCUGAGGCACAAUGACCAAAAUGUCACACACUGUACCUCCUUCUUGCUCAUGUAUCUUUUCAGUUCUGCCAUCUGUUAUGCUCAGAGUCAAGCUUGCUUUGAUAAAUAAGUUUCAGUGAUCAAUGCACUUUUUCUUGAAUCCAUCCUUAAAGUGAAAAUCCAUUCAGCUCUCUGGUUUGCUAGUGCCACCAAGUGUAUUAGGUGUUUGUCUAAAAGGAAAGUCAAGUAAAACCUGAUAUUUUGUCACCUUCAACUGCCACCACCUCUGCAGGUGUAGGGGGAGCCUGUUCUGUGAGAAUGUAAGCUGACAUGGAGUUUCUAGAGUCUUACAUAUUCUCAUACAGUGAGUAGCUCUUGAUGAAAAUUUUCUCUGUUCGAAUUUGUUACAUUUUAUAAUGUGAUAUUGAUGUUUGUUGAUAACUUCCUCUUUUAGGCUCCGGUUUUUGUGAUUCCCUCCUUUGUCGUAACUGUUUGCCAACGUUUCUCAGCACCUGGUCCAAAGUACAAGUUCACGACAACUUUUGGUUAAGGUUUCAGUUAUUAUUAUUUAGUUAUUCAUUUAAUAGGAAAUGAGUAUCAUAAUGAUCAUAAUAACCCUCUUAUUAUGCUUAAUUCUUGUCAUUGUGGUGGCGCCAUGGGAUUAAAGGGAAAUGGGCUCAAAAUGUGAGAUGUUCAGGGCCUUUGAUCAUUUUCUUCAUUGUUGGAUUUUUUUCCCUUUUUUUUCUUUUGUCUAUACAACUUCACGGAGUUAUUUGGUAUAAUCACAUCAUGCUUUCUACAAUAUACUGAUGGGCCAAGCCUAAUGUGCAUUAAGGAAAUGUCAAAUAAAAUGUCAUUUAGAA